AUGGCGGGGGCUGCGCCGAUCCAUGGCGCGAGGAGUCUUUCUGCCGAGCUCGCCGAGAAACGUGCCGAGCGGGAAGCACUCGAGGCGCGCCUGGCAACUGAAGAGGAGCUGGCCCGCACACUGCACGGCAUGAGCCUCGAGACUCUGACCAUCCCAAACACCGCGUCAGUUAUGCCAUCGCCACCGUCGCCGCCGCCACCUCCGAACGAGGGCGAGGCUUUCGUCGACGACCACCUCUAUGCACUCACCAACAUCCCCGGAUUUGAGUCCAUAAUGCUUCCCUCGAAUCCCGAGUGCUACCCGUACGAUGGCGAUGCUAAUCCCCGUCACCCCGUCUGGGAUCACCAAUCCCUGCACUCGGUAAUCGAAUCGUGGGCAACCACCCAGUUCCGCGUCGGCAGCACACGCACGGUGGGACUCGCUGCAGUGCAUAAUGCUCUCCGGUGUUGCCUGCUGUCCAUGCCGGAGAGCGAGCGCGCGAAGCUGCUGGGGUAUGGCGCCGGCGCGCCACCGCCGACACUGCCCGACUCGGCGCCGCUCGAGCCCGAUCGCUGCCGGCUCCUCGAGCUUCCUCACGACAUGCUUGUGCUAAUCGGUGCCAGCCUUGUUGACGGAGCGCUCCGCCACAAGUUCGGCAUGGCGCACCGAAUGUUGCGAGCGACGAUGCGAUCCACGGAGGCGCUGCGGCCGACGUUGAUCGUGCCCAUGCUACUCCUCACGAUCGUCACGCUGCUGAUGUCGCUGCUGCUCUCGACGAAGAUGGUGCUGCUGCUGAUGGUGAUCCUGCAGAAGAAGGCCGCGCUCGUGCGCCACUUGCACUCCUACGACUACUUCCUCGACGCCCACCAUCUAGUCGUCGCCUUCGCCGCCAUCGCUUCCUCACCCUCGGACCUCCGCCUGUCCGGGGCCUUUCAGCUGGCGAGCGAAGGCCCAGUGUGGCGGUUUGGGCGGCUCGAGCGGCUGGAACUCGAGUCGGGCGAGACACGCCUCGCUGCUCUUGCGGGCGAGCAGGUGGUGCAUGUGUUGCCCGCUGAGAUCGCUUCGCUCCACAGCCUGCGCCACCUCGGCCUCUCGUUUGCCAUCCGUGACGCAUCGGCGUUGAGCGUGGGUCCCGCCGGGCUCACGUCCCUCUCGGUGGGCAGCUCUGUCCUGCAGGAGCUGCCCGAGCUCGCCGCGACGGGGCUGCAGAGGCUCGACCUCUCGAGUGCCAUGCAACUCACCGCCACGAGCUGCUCGUCCGCAUGGUCGGUCAUCAGUGGACUCCGCCACCUACGCGAAUUGCAGAUCUUCUAUCAGCACUGGCCGAAUCUGCCCGCCCACGCGGCGGCCAAUCGCCAUUAUCCCGAGUGGCUCGCAUGCGCACUACGCGGCUCGGAGAGGGUCGUUGAGGCCUCCACGACCUCCCCGGUCUUUGUACAACGCACGGGGUUGGGCGUGAAGAUCAUCAACUCGGCGCGCCGGAUGCGCGGCCCCGAGCUCGCCACCCGUCUGACCGCCAUCUUCCUCCUACGAAUCCUCCAGCAUUACCGGUGGCAUUGGGCGGAGGAUUCGGAGGAGAGGAACGCGGCGGGUGCGGUGGCAUGA